AGGAGAAGUCGAGGUCAUGCGAUCCAGUCUGUUCUUGGGCCUUACUUUGGCCUGCGUGGCUGCUGUCCACGGGCUUCAUGUCCCAACCACCACCAUCCCAUCAGGUUUGCCUGACACUAGGCAGCGUCAUCCUUCUCUCGCUCAAAGGGGCGAAAGUUUGAAGCAUGGAUCCGUUCGCCGUGUCCAGGCUCUGGCGCCCCUCAGAGGAGGUGGAGAACAGGAUGUCACUGGUUUCAUCUUCUACCUCUUCAAGGCGAUCGUUGGCUCUGGAGUUCUGUCCCUUUCCUCGUCGGUAGCUCGUUUCACCAACAACCCCAAGAUGCUUGCUCCUGCCUUGCUUCUUUCAGCUUCUUUUGCCAUUCUCAGCGGAUAUUGCUACGCUCUGAUCGGCGAGGUGUGUGGGAUGGUGGAUGCCCACAACUAUCAGGAAGCGUGGGCUAAGUCCAUCAGCACCGCAACUGCCUGGAUCCCGGGUAUGGCGUGCACCAGCCAGACCAUGGUGGCUUGUAUCUGCUAUUCCAUCAUCAUCGGAGAUCUCAGCAAUGAUCUCAUGAAGUCUCUCGGAGUGCGUGGUUGGGCUGCGGAGCGCAACAACCUGCUUGCUGCUAUCAGUGCGGUCGUUCUUCUGCCUCUUUGCCUCUUGAGGUCUCUGGCCGCGCUCUCAUACACGAGCAUGCUCGGAGUCAUGGGCGUUCUCUACACGACUGUCUUUAUGGCGUUGAGAUACUUCCAAGGAUCGUACGCCAAGGGAGGCGAGUUUUUCAAGGAGCUUGCUCAGAAGCCAUCGUUUGGAAACAGCGCUGAAGCCAUCAAGGCACUUAUCCUCAUGGCGACCCUCAACACCGCCUAUCAUGCCCAUUAUGAUGCUCCCAAGUUCUUCCACCAGAUGAUUCCCAAGACUGUUCAGCAGUUCAACAAGCUUGUUUAUCCCGCCUUCAUCGCUGCCGGAAUCAUCAACUGCCUCAUCAUGUCGACUGGCUUCUUGACCUUUGGAGGAGUUUCCCAGGGAUUGAUCCUCAACAACUAUGCUACAUCAGACAACCUUGCAGUCUGGGGCCGUCUUGCCAUUACGGCCUCGAUCUUGUUCGGUUAUCCACUCGCUUUCAACGGGUUCCGCACUGGAGCCUUUGCUCUUGCGGGAGUCAAGAAUCCUUCACAAGCCGCCAAGGACGCUGUUGCAGUUGUUACCGUCGUUGCAACCACCGGUAUUGCGAUGGUCAUGCGCGACCUCGGUUUCUUGGCUGCCUUUGCAGGAGCCCUGCUGGGCAGUGGAAUCAUCUACGUCUUCCCAGCUCUGAUGCACAUGAGCGCUACCAAGACCUUGGUUGAGCAAGACCAGAAGCUGCCAGCCAAGAAGAGGAAGGGUCUCAAGUACGACAACAAGUACUACCUCUCUCAAGUCAUCGCCGUCCUCGGCUCUAUGCUCGGGUUGGUGGGAGCUACCGUCAGCUACCUGCAGGCCUUCACUGACGUCCUCGGAUAAGAGGACAAAGAGGACCUUGCGGCGGUCAGGGUUGGCAUGGCGCACCGAGCAGAUGUCAGGGGUAACGACAACCUCCAAUGAACUUUGCUAUGUCAGCUGCUCU